ACAGCUUAUCUAUAUUUUAUUAGGGCCCUUUGUGUGUACAUUGUAUUCAGCCUCAUCAGUAAAACCUGACAUACAGAGGAGUAGAUAAUUAGCCAAUUCAGAUAUUAUUUAAACUUCCCAUAAGUACAAGUUUAUCACAUUAUUUGUGAGAGCAGUGCACAUAACUGGUUAUCCUCUCUUCAAAGGGUAAUGGAAAACAUUAUAGGAACAUUAUAAAUGAUGCUUCUUGCAUGUUAACUAGAAUAACAACCAAUCGCAGUUAAUUCAACUGAGAGUAUCAAUUCGCACAUCAUCAGAAAAGUUAUAAUAUUGCGUGAAGCCUACAAACUCAGUCUUUAUUUUUCAAGGACUUAAAUUUAUUCCUUUGGGUCAUCACUGAAUUUUUGCUGCAUUCUUUUACCAGUUUGUGUAUUAAACUUAACAUGUGAUAAGAUGUUGUGAGCUCAAGAUAACAUGUCUUGCGUAUGAGAUAACAUGGUAUGCGCAUGAGAUAACAUGUAAUGUGCUCGAGAUAACUUGUGUUUGAGAUAACAUAUUAUGCAUACGAGAUAAGAUGUUGUGACCACAUGAAAAGAUGUCAUGCACAGGAGACAAGAUUUCGUGCCCACGAGACAAGAUGUCAUUUGAUACAGAUGGAAAUAGAGAUGGUUGUACUUAAUGUACUUAAUCUUUUUCAGCAUGACGCACAUAGAAAUGGAGAUGGUUAAUUGAAUGUAUAGGUAUCUACUUCAGCAUGACACAGAUAGAAAUGGAGAUGGUGUAUUUAAUGUUCAGUCUUUUGCAGCAUGACACAGAUAGAAAAGUAGAAAUGGAGAUGGUUGUAUUUAAUGUACUAUCUUUUUCAGCAUGACACACAGAGAAAUGAAGAUGGUUAAAUUGAAUGUAGUAUCUACUUCAGUAUGACACAGCUAGAAAUGGAGAUGGUUGAAUUGAACGUAAAAUCUACUUCGGACUUAAAAGAGUUCCACCAAAAAUGCAUGAUGAGUCUAGAUGUUUUCCAGAGAAUUGGUGCAAGUAUUGGUUGUUUUUUGGAGAUAAGUACAAACAAUGAGUCAUGCAUUUGUUCAGUUUGGCCUAAACAGGAUUUUGACUCGUGUACAAUGAUAUACAAUAGCUUAGUGUUUUGCACAAGAAUGAGCUAUCUAAAUGGUAAUGUUGAUGGUAGAACAGGAACAGACGCAGAAGACUUUAAUACUGGUAUUGAAAAAUCUGUUUUGGAAAAUAAUUCAGACGCCAAGGAAUUUUCCCUAAAAGCUAAUAGUAUGAUUAAAGUUUUACAUACUUUAAAAGCUUCGGAAAUUUGUGUGGAUGUAGUGGUGUUGAAACCUGAUAAGGUUAGGGAAAGUAGAAGUGAAUUUUUUAUGAAGCUGUUACAGACUUAUUGUAGAAAUUUGUUGUUAAGGCUUUGUGUAAGACAUUCUUUUAUUGUAAACUGCACAUCUUCAAGACCUGCAAGAAAUUAUGGAAUAUCCCACAUCAUUGUAAAACAUGUUAACUCAGAAGGUGAUUUAAGAUGUGAUACUGGUUUUGUAGUUCAUAAGUUGACCAAAAUUACUGUUGAAACUGUACAUAGCAGGGAAUGGUUUGACCAGAUGACAGAGACGCAGAUAUCAUUAAAGAGACCUGGAGGAUUGGACAGUGUGAUUGAGAUGUUGUUGGAUUUGAUUAAGUUACCAUUGCAGCAGAAGGAGACAUUCAAGCAAUUAGGAGCACAUCCACCUAGAGGAGUUCUGUUGUGUGGCCCUCCAGGUUGUGGGAAAACCUCACUGGUUAAGUAUAUUUGUGCUGUGAAUAAUAUAUUUCUUGUGACAGUAAAUGGUGCGGAGAUCUUUGGACCCCGUCCAGGUGAGACAGAGACAAACUUGAGUCAAGUGUUUCAGAAGAUAACUAUAAUGAGUGAGGAGGGACCAUGUAUAUUGUUUAUAGAUGAAAUAGAUUCCCUUUGUCCAAGUAGGGACAGAGCAGGCAAUGUUAACGAGGCACGUGCCACAGCAAGGUUUCUAGCAUUGAUGGACGGUUUGACAGACGAUGAUGACGUUCUUGUUAUUGGUGCUACAAACAGACCAGUAGCACUGGAUCCAGCACUCCGGCGACCAGGGAGACUGGACAGGGAGGUCAUGUUAAGUCCACCAACACGCCUGCAAAGGUUAGAGAUCCUGAGGUCAAAGGUCAAGGACAUUCCAAUAUCUAGUGACCUUGACCUUGAACAGUUGGCAGAAUUGACCAAUGGCUAUGUAGGUGCAGACUUAGCUUCACUGUGCCAUGAGGCAGCUUAUCUGGCAAUGUCUGAAUCUGCUGGUGGCAGGAAAACACUGGUAAGUCAGUGCCAUUUCCAGGCUGCAGUGAAGAAAAUGCGGCCAUCUUUACAAAAAGGGGCCGAAGGUGUUGUUGAUCUACGACCAGUCCAUUGGUCAGAUAUAGGUGGUUUAGACACAGUAAAGGAACAAAUAAAACAGGCAGUAGAAUGGCCACUACAGCACCCAGAGGCAUUUGAACGUAUGGGUUUAAAGCCUCCGAGAGGUGUAUUGCUGUAUGGUCCCCCGGGCUGCUGCAAGACGACUCUGGUUAGAGCAGCAGCUACGUCCUGUCACUCAACUUUCCUGUCAAUUAGUGGAGCUCAGCUGUACUCUCCUUUUGUUGGAGACUCUGAAAAACUCAUCACUGAGAUUUUCCAAAAGGCAAGAGCUUGUGCACCAUCUAUUCUGUUUCUGGAUGAGUUAGACUCUAUAGUAGGAAAGAGGUCAGAGACGGGACAGCGUGGAGUACAGGAACGUAUCCUCUCAGCUCUACUCAAUGAGAUGGAUGGUAUAGGUGUCCGGCUUGGCGAUGGUUCAACAUCAAGUCAGCAACAGAAGACUCUAGAAGGACAGUCUGUAACCGGGGAAAGAAAGACUGAUGUUAAAGCUGUAGACAACAGAUCAGUGCUUGUUGUUGCAGCAACAAAUCGACCAGAUCUUAUAGAUGAUGCUUUAAUGAGGCCUGGCAGGAUGGAUAGAAUUAUCUAUGUACAACAUCCUGAUCUACAGGCAAGGAAGGACAUAUUUAAACUGUACACAAGAAACAUGCAGUUAGAGAGCUGUGACCUUGACCUUCUGGCUGAGAGAACAGACAUGUACACUGGAGCUGAUCUAGAGGCUGUUUGUAGAGAGGCUGCCCUAUAUGCACUCACAGAGAACAUAGAUACAUGUACAGUUUGUAAGGAACAUUUUGAGAAGGCUUUGAAAGUUGUACCGCCUUCACUGAAUACAAAACUCAUUCAGAAAUACUCCACAGCUACAGACAGUAUGAGAACUGGCAAAAUCAUAGAAGGAAUAAGUUGAAUUUAGAACGGGCUGUUUAUCUUGAAGCUGCCAUAUAUGGUUAUCUCACAGGGAAACACAGUACAGAAGUGAUGAGCCUCGAUGACGCAGAUAUUUUCAAUGUUUGUAGAUAAUAAAUCUGAAAUCAUUUGUUUUUCAAAUGGGAAAAAUGAUGGGAAAGUGUUGGUUACUAACACUAAGUAAAUGCUAGUUGGGAACACUGGUUAGAUUAUCUUGCCACUUUAUAUAUGUCUUGUGAUUAAGGAUAAUUUGUACCCACAUGGUAAGGAUAUCUGUUCCCCUACCUGUGUUGUUGGUGAUCUCUUUGUCAUUGAAAUGACAUAAGUGACUGUGUUCUGAACUCGUUUUGAAAAGGUUGGAGUGAAGAGAGGCAUAAAAACUUAAUUAUUUCUUGCAAUUUGUUUUGUAUUUCAAUUUCAACUUACAAGCACUAUAUUCCAUGGUUAACAUAAGGCAGUAAGAGGUAAACUGAGCACUGUAGUAUACAAACAUCAUAUCUUUGUUUUUGUCGGGUUUUAAGUGACACCGACAGUCAUUAUGGCAACUUUCCAGCUUAUGAUUGUGCCCCUGUAAACAAAAUUGCAGGCACUGGCGGGCAUCUGGGUUGAAGCCAGCAGGAUUGCUUCCUCACAUGGAAAAAUUCUAUACCAGAAGCAAGGUAGCUAAGUGUUGAAGGGGCAAUAGAUUCAGCCAGUGACAUCAACCACUAGGCACUUGAAGGCCCUAUACAUAUCAUUAUGAGAACAGUAAGUUAGUGCUGAUGACAUUGAAGUGUUUAAAUGUAUUUCAAUGGUUGCAUGACUACUGUACCUAGAUUUCAAAUUUAUGCAGUUGUGGAGGAACCAUUGCCCAGCAAUAAAAGGGGCAUUUGUCACAUUUACUGCCACGAUUUCCAUAUUCAAACUUCAUUGAAGAAUCUGCAUAUUCUCCAGAUAACUUAACAUCUAUAUUUCAGUUUUCAUUGAAAAAACGUUUUGUACUUUUAAAUAGGGGCCUACGUGGCCGAGUGGUUAAGGUCGCUGACUUCAAAUCACUUGCCCCUCAUCAAUGUUGGUUCGAGCCUCACUCGGGGGGUUGAAUUCUUCAUGUGAGGAAGCCAUCCAGUUGGCUCACGGAAGGUCGGUGGUUCUACCCAGGUGCCAGCUUGUGAUGAAAUAAUGCACGGAGGGGCACCUGGGGUCUUCCUCCACCAUCAAAGCUGGAAAGUCGCCAUAUGACCUAUAAUUGUCGGUGUGACGUUAAACCCAACAAAAAAAAUAACGUUAUCAAAGGAUCUAUCUUUUGUGACCAAAGGAUGAAUAAACGGACAAAAUACAAUGAUCUGCCUAUUCAAACCAAUAGUCCCUUUCAAUGAAACACUGGUAGGGGGAAAAAAUCUAUGAGAAUGUAUUUUGUCUGUGUUGCCUUCAAAGGCUUAAAUAUUGGCUUCGAAAAGUUAAAUAAAUCAUUUACAAACAGA